AUGUCCCAGUUUGAUUCUCAGGAUGACAAAGACUCGCUGGAUAUUCACGACCAUCCUCCUGCACCAGACAAUGUGCUCAGAGAAGAAGACCACACAGUGUAUUUUAUCUAUGAUGAAGAGGUCGAAGUGGAGGAAAAGGAUGAGCCGCCUCCCCCAGAACCGGUUCAGCCCGUAAACGACAGACCGCACAAGUUUAAGGAUCACUACUGCAAGGAACCCAGAUUCUGUGAUGUGUGUGCGAGGAUGAUCGUGCUCAAUAAUAAAUUUGCUCUGCGCUGUAAGAACUGUAAGAGCAGCAUCCAUCAUCAGUGUGUGAGUUACGUGCAGUUCCAGCGCUGCUUCGGCAAAAUACCUCCAGGUUUUAGGCGAGUGUACAGUUCUCCUCUCUACAGCAGUCAACAGAACUCCACAAUUAAAGAGCUGCUUCCAUUCUCUCAGUCGAAUCGCACUGAUCCCGUGUAUGAGACGCUGCGUGUCGGUGUCGUCAUGGCAAACAAGGAGCGUAAGAAAAACUCUGAAGACAAGAAACACUUGAUGAUGAUGGAGGAAGAGGAGUCUCUGCCUAAAACAGAAGGGGGCGCUGGAGAGCGAGAAGUGGAGAAUAAAGACAAAGCAGCAGAUGAAAAGAACAAAAAGCAUCAGCCGGGCAAACUGGGCGUCUUCUCUCAAUCUCAUUAUUAUCUCGCCCUGUAUCGCUUCAAAGCCAUAGAGAAAGAUGACCUAGAUGUGCAUCCAGGUGAUCAUAUAACGGUACUGGAUGAUUCCAAUGAGGAGUGGUGGAGAGGGAAGGUCGGCGACAAAUCUGGCUUCGUGCCUGCCAACUACAUCAUCCGUGUACGCUCGGGAGAGACUGUGUACAAGGUCACGAGAUCCUUCGUCGGAAACCGAGAAAUAGGUCAAAUAACGCUGAAAAAAGACCAGAUUGUUGUGAAAAAGGGAGAAGAGGUGAACGGAUAUUUAAAGGUCAGCACCGGACGCAAGCUUGGCUUCUUCCCAGCUGACAUCUUACAGGAGAUCUGAAUCUGUGUGUGUUUGUGUUUUUCUGGCUGUAGUUUGAUUUCCGAAUCGUCCUCAGAGAUGAUAAAUAAUAAAUUUGUAAUGAUUAGAAUCAGCAUUGUGUUAAACCCUGAGAAGUUGUGAUGUGUCUUCAGUU